CGGGGUGUUGCAGGCAUGCAUAGACAUUCAAUGGUCGAAGAUCACGUACGGGAGGUCACCCUUGCCCUCAAAAAGAUUGGCUCCCACAUCCAAAAUCCGGACAAGUUCAGUAAGGCAGCUGGCCUGCUGCGGCAGCUUUUGGACUCAGGUGCACUUACAAAAGCCCACCGUGACCUCCUAUUCGAGGUGGUCAAGCUGGAGGUGUACCGCAUCGUGGGCUUCCUGCAAAACGAAAUGCAUACCGAUGAUUCUUUCGUGUUCAACAAGGUGUUGGGGCGCAUCAAGGACGCGGUGGCGGCUCUACCUCCCGCAACUGACGAGGAUGAGGAGGCGAUGGCGGAGCUGCAGGAGGCGGCUGCAGGCAGCAGCAGCAGCGAUGAGGAGGGGGGAGGUGAUGACGCCGGGGAUAGUGAGCGGCAACGGCAAGAGCGGCCCGGGAGUGCACCGAGCAGUACGGGGCGCAUGGAGGUGAAGGAGAUGGCGGCGGCGGAGGAGGAAAAGCGGGAAGGCAGUGACUCCGCUGCCGCCGUUGCAACAGCAGUAGCAACGGAAGUAAGGAGGGAGGCGGACGCGGAUGAGGAGGCGGAGGAGCAGCCGGAACCGAGGCCAGCUGCUCCAAGGGCGGAGUUUCAGGCGGCACCAGCAGCAGCAGCACCACCACCACCACCAGAAGAUGCAGCUACUGCCGGUGAUGGCUAUGAUGAGUCUGACCCCUUCGGCCUGGACCAGCUGCUUCCCGCCCCCAAGCGCUUCAAAGCCGCUGCUCCACCCGCUCCCCCUUCACAACCUCAACCCCAGGGCCUUCCAUCUGCUGCUGGGCAGGGUGACGGUCACGCUGAUAAGAGCCGCACCAGCAGUGGCAGGGGAAGCAAUGCCUGGACGGCGGCACAGUCAUUGGUCAUGCGGCGGCAGGCGCUGGUGGAAUGCCUCAUCACCGCACGCGGUUUCCACAAGACCCCUUGGGCUCGCGUCAGCGUGGAGCUGCUCGUGGAGCACUACAACAAGCACCGCGACCGGUUCACUGCCGAACAGCAGAUGGCGGUGGACGAGAUGAAGGAGAUCAACCGCGACACCACCAGCUUUGAGCGCGCGCGCUCGGACUGGAGCCGCGCGACGUUGUCAGCCCGCGGCAAGGUCGGCGCGUCUGGUGACGCCAAGGCGCAGAACUGGCUAGGAUGCUCGCUGUCUCGUGCUCGGAUCCUGACAGGGGUAGCUUCCCCGUCGUCUCCUAACGUAAAAGUUCGAAUACCGGUUCCCGUCCCGAGGUAG